AGCAAAUUACACUAUUACAAUAUCAUAACAAACUCAAAUGGCUAAAAAAUAAAAUAAAUGUAGUUUCCACUGAAAUCUACUAAUUAUCAAUUUGCGUUUGUUACACAUAUUAUUGGCAAGCCAUCUCCUAUUUAACUUAAAUUAGAUCAUGUAUUUUCUUGUGCAUUCAUUCUCAGAUUUGUCCUUCUGUUUGUGUUCUCAACUUGAUUUGUUUGAUGGCUGAAGAUCAGAACACAACUGACCGUUGGGAGUUGCCUUCAGCGUCAGAGCCCGUCAAAAACGUAGUUCUGGUAGGCCGUACUGGGAAUGGAAAAAGCGCCACUGGAAAUUCCAUCAUCGGAAGAAAGGUUUUCGAGUCAAAAUAUCAAGCUGUUGGUGUUACCACAAAAUGUAAGACAUUUAGAGCUGUGACACCGGAUGGCCCGAUAAUCAAUGUGAUUGACACUCCUGGUCUCUUCGACCUGGCCGUGUCCGCAGAGUUUAUUAGUAAGGAAAUCGUCAACUGCCUUAUUCUUGCUAGAGAAGGGCUACAUGCUGUCGUGUUAGUUCUAUCCAUGUCGACUCGGAUUUCACAAGAGGAAGAAAAUGCACUUUGUACGUUACAAAUGCUGUUCGGGGCUUCAAUUGUUGACUAUUUGAUCGUUGUAUUCACUUGCGGUGAUAUGUUGGAAGAGCGGAAUAUGACACUAGAGGAUUAUUUGUCCAAUGGUUGCCCUGAAUUUCUAAAGAAAGUUCUCAGACUAUGUGGAGGUAGAAGGGUUGUAUUUGAUAACCGAACGAAAGAUGAAGGGGUGAAGGCUAAGCAAGUCCACGAGCUUCUCGUCCAUGUUGCAGCGAUCGAAAGGGAAACUGGUGGGAAUCCAUUUACGGACACGAUGCACCGUAGGAUACAGGAAGAGGCUGAAAGGGUUAAAAGGGAAGAGAAGGAAAUUGAAGAAAAAAACAUUGCAGAUGAAGAGAAAGCAAAGUUGAAGAAACAGCUCGACAAGUCGUAUAGCCAAAAUAUGAACAUGAUGGCACAGAUGAUGGAGAGGAUAUUUAAAGAAUCUGCGGCGGCAAAUGAGCGACAAAUGAAUAUGAUGAAGGACUUUAUGGAAAUAUCAAUUAUCGGAAAGGAUGCUCAGCGUAAAAGAGAUGAAGAGAAGCGGGAGCAGCAGGCAGCGAGGAAGCAGGAAUGCAACAUCUUGUGAUCGGUGUGUACCAAUUCAGCUAAGUCCGUGUUCAUAAAAGAUCAAGGAAGACAAUGAAGGUCUGGUUGUGCACAUUUCAUAUACUUCUUAUUUUAUUUAUGUGUUUUGUGAUUUAUGCUUUUGUUUGCAUUUAUGGAUUUCCUUUGCGAUUGUAAUACAAGUAGAGUUUGUUGACAACUUUUUAUUUAUGUUAAUGAUGAAAUAAAGACAGGUGACUUAUAUUGAGAAACUUUGACCUGUUUUGGCUAAUAUGACCUACACAUGUGGAUAUGAUGAGAUCAUGAUAAAAGUUUCUACUCAACGACGAGUUGGCCUAGUGGUUAAACCUUUGGUUACCGAAAAUGUUGGGAUCUUGGAGUUCACUAGUUCGAUUCAUGUUAGGAGGUUCUUCUCUCUAAAGGAGAGUUAAAUUACAUGGCCGUGACUCUGUCUUAGGAGGAUGUAGGGGCUCAUGGGCCUAAAACCUCCUAAUCAUCAAAUAAAAAAAAAAGACAAAACAAACGAGGUCUGCUAAUUUGCCUCGUCUACUCUUUUCACAUAAAAUAAUGUAACCAUUUUU